AUGGCGGAGCCGGUGAAGGGGCGAGGGGCGGCCCCGGCCGGGAAGGCGCUGAGCGCCGAGCAGGUCGUGUCCCGUUUUAACCGGCUCCGGCAGGACCAGCGCGGUUUGGCCUCCAAAGCAGCUGAGCUGGAGCUGGAGCUCAACGAGCACAGGUGGGCCAAGGGCCGGGAGCUCUCGGAAUUCCGGGAACGUCACAACAUCCGACUGCUGGGGGAGGAGGAGCCCAAAGCCCCGGCCCGGGAGGGGCCCGAGGGGGGCAAGGGGGGCCCCGGGGGGGUCUUGGUGUCCUGA